AUGGCCUCUGGUUUAGUAACAAAAGAAAUUGAAUCUCGUAUUAAACAAUUCCCUGAACAUCUUUUUGAAGUUUUUCUUGAGAUUCAUCAACCGAUUAACAACGAACCACCUGCAAUUUUAAUUCAAUAUCCAAAUGAUUUCUCAGAUCAUAUUCUCAAAACAGCAGCUAAUUUUGCAUAUCCAUAUCAAGUUCCAUUCGAUGAUCAAAGUGAAUAUUUUACAUUUGUUGUCCUUGAUUCAACCAGUUUAAUUUUUCGUUUUGGAUAUUGUCGUCGAUCUAAUCGAGAAUCUACUUGUUUAUGCAUAAUCAGUUAUUAUCCAUGGUUUGAAGUGUUUUGUAAUAUUCUUAAUGAUGUAUCACAAAUAAUAAAUACGCAAUCAGUCGCAGAAGUUGAAACAUUUUUAUCAUCAUUAUAUAAUUAUAAACUAAUGUCAAUUGAAGAAUUUUAUAAACAUGGAGGCAAAGAAAUAAUUGAAAUUAAUAAUCUUGCAAAAGUAUAUCAUUAUCUUCGACCUGAUCAACGUAAACUUCCAUCAAUAUCAUCUAAUAGCAAUUUUACAAUAAUGUUUUCUCGAUUGGGUCCAGAUAUAGUUUUACGUCUUUUUGCACAUUUAAUUUUUGAACGAAGAAUUUUAUUUAUUUCAUCAAAACUUUUUCAUUUAACUGCAUGUGCUUGUGGAUGUUUAAAUUUAAUUAAUCCACUACAUUGGCAAAGUAUUUUUUUACCAAUUCUUCCCGAAUCUAUGGCAUGGACAGCACAAUGUACAGCACCAUAUAUUAUUGGAAUACAUUCAAGUAUUUAUUCGAGAAUGAAUAAAAAAGAGUUAGGUGAUGUAGUAAUAGUAAAUAUUGAUGAUAGAAGAAUUGAAUCUCAAUAUGACGAUUUGAAUUUAUUUCCUAAACAUCUGAUACGUAAUAUGAAAAAAGAUAUUCAACCAUCAUCACAAUUUAUUGAAGAUCACUUAGCAAGAGUUUUUCUUCGAGCUAUGGCAUUUAUUCUUGGCGAUUACGCAAGUGGAUUUGUAAUAAAAAAUGAACAAUUAGAUUUUGAUAGAAAUGUUUAUUUGAAACAAUAUCUUAAAUCUGAUAUGUAUUUGUUUAUGUCCUCUGUCGUUAAUACACAAAUGUUUGAACAAUUUUCUCGCCAUCGAACUUAUGUACAACUUAAUCCUGAUAUUGAUAUUGAUGAAUUUGAUAUUGAAGUAAAAAAUGUUGAACAAAGUCAACAAUUGAAAAAAACUACCAAUCCUUUUAUUGAACAAAUGCAAACUAUAACUGCAAAAUUACAACCUGUGAUAAAUAAACCGGAAGAAAGACUUGCAAAUGAAGGUUCAUCCGUAAAAACUUCUUUCACGUUAUCAGAUGUAUAUUCAAAUCAGCAAACAAUUCAACAGUCAAAUUCAUCAAAUUUUUCAAAUGAUAAAUCAUCUUUAUUAUUUCAUUUUUCAACUCCUGAAUAUGAUCAAGAUAAAAGCAAUCAAUUAAUCGAUUGCAAUAUUGAUGAAAAUCCAUUAUUACCAUCUCCUCUGGAAUUAAAUGUAAAUAAAACAUCUGAAACUUCUCGUUCUACAACAUUACAAAUAAAUUCAAAAAUACAACAAUUACAAAAUGAACUUCAAUAUAAACUUCAAACAUUUAAUAAUAAACCUAUUAAUCCACAUGAUGAAUAUGAUGAAAAACAAAAUGAUAUCAAUAAACUUAUUGAACAAUUUGAUCCAUUUAAUAAUUCAAAUAAUGUAAAUAAAACAAAACAAACGACAUUUCAUUCAGAUAUAGAUAGAUCUAACCGUCACUCAUCGAUUUCUGAAACAAUACCACCAAAUUAUGUGAAUAAUAUGCUUAGCAACAUUCAACUUAAUUCAAAACCUAAUAAUUCUACUCAAACAAAUUCUUAUUCAUCAUCAGAGACAAAUGGAUCAAAUUUAAUUGAUUUGGAUUAA